GGCAUCCAUCACCACCAGGACAUUUUAUGGAAAGAAGAAAAAUUCAACCCCCAACUGGAUGAUCCUCCAAUCAUUCACAGCAGUGAUGCCCCUACACGCAAUAACUGGACCCCAAUGCAAUAUUUUAAACAGUACAUUGAUGACUCUGUGUACAAAGAAAUGGCUAUGUUCACAAACCAGCGUGAGGUCCUUGUGUCUGGAGCAUCACUUAACACCACCCCUGAAGAGCUGAAGACAUUUUUUGGAAGUUCUAUCUACAUGGCCUGUCUUGGUUAUCCAAAUAUUCAGAUGUAUUGGGCCUCAAACACCAGAGUUCAAAUAGUUGCAGAAUCCAUGACCAGAAAUCGGUUCUACAAGCUAAGACAAUCUAUUAAGAUCAUCAAUGACCUGGAUAUUUCAGAUGAGGAAAAAAGAAGAGACCUCUUGUGGAAGGUCAGGCCCCUUCUGAACAAAGUGAGGAAAGGAUGUUUGAGUCUUCCAAGAGCACAAAAACUGUCCAUUGACGAGCAAAUGAUUCCAUUUACUGGCCGCUGCCCAGUUCGCCAGUAUGUUCCAGGCAAACCAUACCCAACUGGAUUGAAAGUGUUUGUCUUGGCCACACCAAAUGGGGUGGUCUUAGAUUUUGUUGUGUACCAAGGCAAGACCACCUUCCCAAUCACAGCAGGACAGGGCAUCGGAGCACAAGCUGUUCUUCACUUGACUGAGUCCAUUCCCAGAGGAACCCACUUGUUCUUUGACCGGUACUUUACAACCGUCGACCUUUUGAACACGCUGGUGGAGAAGGGGCUGACAGGAACUGGAACUCUGAUGAAGAACAGAAUUCCAAAGGAGUGCAACAUUAUAGGGGACCAAGCCAUCAAAAAGAAAGGAAGAGGGACAUCUGAGAUGGUGGUCAGACGAAGCCCUCCUGAACUUGCUAUCAUUAAGUGGUUUGACAAUAAGCCAGUGGUCAUGGCAUCUUCUGCCUAUGGCAUUGAGCCUCAAGACACACGCAAUAGAUGGUCUAAGAAGGACAAAAGGCAUGUUCAGGUGUCAAGACCACUGGCAGUGGCUGAGUACAACAGCAACAUGGGUGGGGUAGACAUGGCCGACCGAAUGCUAAGUUUCUACAGGAUGGCCACUCGCACUCGGAAGUGGACGGUGCGUGUAAUUUUGCACUUUUUUGAUUUGGCAAUCACCAAUGCAUGGCUUCAGUACAGGAAUGAUUGCCAGCUUCAAGGGAAGAAACCACUGAAGUUUCUUCAAUUCAAAUUGCUACUUGGUGAGCAGCUGAUUACCCAUGGUCAAGCUGGAAUCUCUAGUGAGAGUGAAGAUGACUACACUCCCCCACGUCAAAAGUGGAAACCUCAGCCGAAUGCAUCCCUGAGACACUAUGGAGCUAUCCAUCUUCCAGAAAUGGUGGAUGAAGCACAUGCAUCCAGGUGUCGCAGAACUGGAUGUAACAGCAAAACAUACGUGAUGUGCACUAAGUGUAAGAUCUUUUUCUGUGUUUCAAAGAAGGGGAACUGCUUCUUGAAAUAUCAUACCCCAUAAACAAGAAAUAAAUAAAAGUUCCAAAAUACA